AAAUUGGGACAAUAUUCCAUAACGUGUUCUCGAGGGCAUCAGACAUCCGAUAACGGCCCAGAAUGUCCAACAAUCAAAAGUUACUCACACUGCUGCAGCGCCCUUUGGAGCCUACGUUCUACCCAAAGGACAAUGGAAAAACGGUUAUCGAUCUGCCGGAGAAUUAUCUUACUGAACGGUACCGUCCGAUUGGGGAGAGCCUCCAAAGUCGCUUUGGCAGUGACGCCGAUACUAGAAUUCCAGUCCGUAAUGUAGGGACACCAAACAUAGCUUUCGCUGAAGUGAUUGAUCGCCGUGGUGGAUUCUCUUUAUUCAACCGGAAACAUCGUGAAAUUGCCGGAGAACUGAUAGGCUUAUUUCUGAACCAACCCGAUGUAGAUUCUUUGAUGAGUGUAGGCGCGUACGCAAGAGACCGCUUGAAUCCGAUGUUGUUUCAAUACGCUUUAUCAGUUGCGGUGCAGCACAGACAAGAUACGAAGGAUUUAAAUAUUCCUUCUCUGUUGGAACUAUUCCCGGACUCAUUCGUCGAUCCUUCAGUUUUUCCGAAGUUACGAGAAGAAGGAGCUGUUGUGACACAAGAAAAUCGGAUGACGAUUGAUAUUCCUAUGAAUUACACUGCAUCGGAACGUGAGGAUGAACAAAGGUUAGCAUAUUUCCGCGAAGAUAUUGGCGUGAAUUUGCAUCAUUGGCAUUGGCAUUUAGUGUACCCUGGUGAUGGGCCAGAUUCAGUAGUCCGAAAAGAUAGAAGAGGCGAGCUGUUUUACUACAUGCACCAACAAUUAAUCGCUCGAUACAAUGUCGAAAGAUUUUGCGCUCGACUUGGUCGUGUUCAGCCGUUAAACAAUUUGAGAGUUCCACUACCUGAAGGUUACUUCCCAAAAAUUAUUAGGAGCUCAAACAACCGUGCAUUUCCACCACGGCCACAAAAUCAACUCUUGAGGGAUGUUAAUCGUGUGACCGAUAAUGUAAUUUUUAGUAUCAACGAUUUAGAACGCUGGGGAAGUCGGAUUGCCGAAGGUAUUGAAGCUGGUUUCGUAAUGGGACCAAACGGACAGCGGAUCCCAUUAACUGAAACUACCGGUGUUGACAUUUUAGGCAAUAUUAUGGAACCAUCCUCUUUGUCAGUAAACAGACAAUAUUAUGGUAGUUAUCAUGGCGAUAUGCACAAUGUGAUUGCAUAUAGUCAUGAUCCUGAUAAUCGAUUCCUGGAAGGUUAUGGUGUUGUUGGAGAAUUCCAGACGGCUAUGCGUGAUCCAAGUUUUUAUCGUUUGCAUUGCGAAGUAGAUAAUAUGUUCCACCGUUUUAAGAAUACUUUGCAACCUUAUCCGGCGAACCAGUUGAAUUAUGAAGGUAUUCAAAUUCAAUCACUCACCGCGCAGUUGAAUCGGGCAAACGCACCCGCAAAUGUUCUUUUGACUUACUGGCAACGCUCACAGGUGGAUUUAGCGACAGGAUUGGACUUUGGGCCGCAAGGAAACAUAUUUGCUUCUUUUACCCAUCUUCAGCAUGCUCCGUUCACUUACCGUAUAUCUGUUAACAAUAGCAGUGGAGCAAUAAGACGUGGUACUUGUCGCAUUUUUAUUGGGCCCAAAGUUGACGAACGCAAUUCGCCAUUGACGUAUCAAGAACAGCGAGUUUUGAUGAUCGAAUUAGAUAAAUUUACGGUUAAUUUGAACCCAGGAGUCAAUAACAUUGUCCGCCGUUCUGAACAGUCAAGCGUCACCAUCCCAUACGAGAGAACUUUCCGACAGGUAGCACUUUCCAAUCAACCAGGCACGGAGGCAUUCAGAUUUUGUAACUGUGGAUGGCCACAUCAUUUGCUACUGCCAAAGGGAACACCAGAAGGAAAACAGUUUGAUAUGUUUGCUAUGAUUUCUGAUUACACCAACGAUACAGUAAACCAGGAGUUUGAUGAAAAUGUUAACUGUAACGAUUCACACUCAUUCUGUGGACUUCGUGAUCGUCUUUAUCCAGACCGUCGCGCCAUGGGUUAUCCAUUCGAUCGUCGUGCUCCCACCAACGUAAGCACAUUACAGGAUUUCGUCAGAGCGAAUAGUAAUAUGUUACUGACAAAUGUGCAGAUUAGGUUCACUAACACUGUCAUUGCUAGGACUUAAACGAGACUAACUGCAAGGAAUAACACGGAAUAAUAACGAAAACAUGCUCUAUUAUUUAUAAGAAAUAUACAACUGAAGUUCAAUCACAGAA